GUGGUAGUGGAGAGAACCACUUUUUCUCCCUCUUCCUUCUGCCAAGUACAAAAGUCACAAAGAGCCUGUCAACCAACAGGAAAGCAGCUCAGAAAUGAAAAGGAAAAGCGAAAGGAAGCUCAGAGGGACGAGGGGUUUAGAGAACAAUUGAGGAGGAAGGUUCAAAAUGAGCAACGCCGACCUAAGUGAGCAAGAGAGAAUCCUGCAAGAAUUCCACGCUGGAACAGUUUUCCUUUCAGGAGACAAGGAAUGGCUCGCAGGGAAGAAUUUCUUUGUCGUGAAAAGCACGGUGGAGAGGAUUGUGAAGUGGGUUUACGAGUCCAGCACUGGCUUGUACCCGUCUGACCCCAUUCCCGUGGGCAGCUACAACGAAGGGCUGCACCUUCAAGUGGAGAACGUUUCCAACGACUUUGACUUUCUCAUCCCAAUACGGUAUAACUCCAAGUUGGCGCUCCGCAGCAGAAUCGUCCCCAAUAAUUCCUGCAGCCGUCCCACCCACCAGCUCCCCACCUACGUUUUUCGCAACCAAGGAAUGCGUAAACUUCCCGACAAAGGGCUGCCGGUUUUUUGCCAGGGCACCAAAAUGUUGGUGGAUAUUGAGGACCUGGCGGAGGCAGAUGUGAAGAUCUAUUGUGAUAAGCCAAAACCAAAGUUGGGGGAAGAUGAGGAAGAGGAUGAUUUUGAUGACCCUGCGUCUUAUAAAUUAGAAAUGUGCCAAGAGAGUCUCAGCCACCAUAAUCUGGAUCCAGAGCAAAUCCUGAAGGACUUUCAUCAAUACGUAGGGAUUGCCUUGAAUCCAGAAUACACCCAUCCUCGACAAAAUGAUCCUGUUUUCCAACAUCGGCUGUUCCCUUCCCGAGUCCCCAGAAUACCUAAUAGCAUAAGAGGGAACAUCCAAUUAGAGUCCUUGGAUUUAAGAGGUCCAGCCAUUCGGUUGGUUUUCAAGGAAGGGAACGAAACUAUCUUGGUGAAGCUGGUGCCGGCUGUUCGAAAGGCAAUAGAGUUCUCCAACGAAUGGAUGAGGGAAGAUCUCACCCACCUUUCUGACUGGUGGGACGGUGACCUCACCAAUGAAAAGCAGAGCUUCCUCUGGAAGGUCCAAGCCCUUAAGGAAGUGGGGCUAGAGCUUGUCCCAAAGGGAGGAUUCUGGAGGCUAUCUUUCAGUUGUGCUGAGGAGAUGAUCCUUAAAGAAGUCGACGCUGAUGGAGGGCAGAGACGGGCAGCUUUACAACUACUCAAGUUUGUUAACCAGACUAGAUGGACCCCGGAGUAUGGCAAAAUCCUGAGUUCCUACCAUCUUAAGACCCUUUUGCUGUGGAGCUGUGAGAUCUAUCCCCGCAAAGAGGCCUGGGAGACGCUGCUGUCCUCUCUGAAGACCCUCCUGGGGCUGCUGAAACACACCCUGGCUGAGAAGCGCCUCCCUCAUUACUUCCUGAAGCCUCUCAAUCUCUUCAACAAACAUUACAAAGCCAGCAACGACAUCUACUGGCCCUUGUCCUUGGAGACCCUGGCCCACGAGGUUUCAGCCAUGCUGGCAGAUGCCACAGCCUAUCUCGUCCCGAGCCACAAAAGCCUACGCUACUUGGUCAACCAAGACUAUGAAGAGAAAAGUGCAGCUCUCCAGGAGUUUAAAGAAAGACAUCGGGAAGAACUGAAAGAGCUGAAGAGAAUGGAAGAUGAACAUAUGUAUGAGGAAGUGGAAAUUACUGAAGAAUAAACCCUGCUGAGUUUUCUAAAAUGGCUUUAUACUGCCAUAAAAUCUAGCCCGUGAUUAAUUAUUUUGGGGGUUUGGAGGGAAUAUUUGAUUUAGUUUGUGUUGUUUUUAGAUCAUUUUAGUCCAGGCUGUCUAUGUGAUUUUAACUUUUAAUCUCUUUUUAUGAUUUUUUUUUUUUGGGAAGGAGGGAAUUAUAUGCUGCCCAGUGUCCACUGGAAUUGGUCAGCUCUAAUAAUUUGAAAUAAUAAAUAACUUUUCCUUCAGCUCAAGAAAUUGUUUCCUAUCAUAAAGUAAUUCCAACCUUCAUGAUCACCGAAGAAAGGCUGAAACUGUCACAGCAAAUUUUUGCAGGAGGUUCAAAGGCUGCAAACCUGAGAGGUUAUAUCCUGAACAUUUUUUUUAUAGUUUGGCAGGUCUGUUCCCAUCAUUCACUGCUGGUUCUGGAUGCUAGCCAGAAUGGUAAGAUAGAAAGAUCAGAGUAAGGUCGCAUUUGCCCUCGCAUUUGUUACUGUGCCCUCCUCACAGUAUCCAACUGGUAGCCAAAUGUGUAAUGGCAAAAUGGCCAAUUUUAAAAAGUAAGAGUUGUGGAAUUUCCCCACACCUAAUAAUGAGAGACUGGUUUAAUGGUUAAGGCAUCAGGUUAGAUUUCUAAUCCUACCUUAGGCAUAAAAGCCGGGUGGGUGACUUUGGACCAAUCACCAGGAGUCUGUGAGUUCUAGUUCCGCCUUAGGCAUAAAGACCAGCUGGGUGACUUUGAGUCAGUCACUCUCUCUCAGUCCAAUCCACCUCACAAAAUUG